AUGACCCAGACCCUUGACACAAGAGAGGACCCUCUUAACCUGGGCGGCGGCUGGUCAUCCUCGGCCCCAUUACGCACCUGGUCUUCCUGCCAUCGAAGGCGCAGGGGAGCCCCGAUUUACAAGCGGCGGCACCACUAUGGUCCCAAGGCCGAGUAUGAGCCCCCGUGGAAACAGCAGAAGCAACAGCACGGCCCAGGCCCUUGGUUCCAUCCACCCCGACGUCCCUCUUGGGCCGUGUAUUCUAAUUGGGGGCGUUGGGGAGGGCCCUGGCGUCCACCUCCUGCAAGAUUCCGAAAGCCGCCUGGCCGAGUGCAAGUGAUACGGGUGUACGGCCUGCACCCACUCUGUCUCUGCUGCUGUUCCUGCUGGCGCGGGCCCUGGAACCCCGGCUGGGCGAGGCCCCCGGGCAGGAAGAAGCGCUGGGGCCGCCGGGGCCGCGGCCUGCGCCGCCACUCUCGCCGCUCCUUCCCCAGGAGACCCCCCGUGGAUCUGAGCACGCUGCUGCGUCCAGUCAACCUGUAUGGGUGGCGGGCACCUGGCAUGCGGGCGCCCAAGAACACCACCCAGUUCAUCAUGAACCAGAUCUAUGAGGACAUGCGGCAGCAGGAGAAGCUGGAGCGCCAGCAGGAGGCGCUGCGGGCGCAGCAGGCCCAGGCAGGAGGCACGGCCUCGCCCUCCGGCUCCUUCGGAAACGAUGCGCCCCCUAGCGGUGGCGAGGAAGAUGCGGCGCAGCAGGAACCUCUGUAUAGCUUCGCGCAGAAUCCCUCUCUCGUCUUCAGUCCUAACCCGGAGGAGGAAGACCAGUCUCCUCCACAGCUAGUGGAGGAGGAAGAGGGAGAGGAGAGAAAUGAUGACGAAGAGGAGUGUGACGAGGAGGAGGGUGAUGGCAAGGAGCUGGAGAGCGAGGAGGAGGAGGAGGAGGAUGAAGAGGCAGAGGCCAAAGAUGAAGAGGAGGUGGAAGAGGCUGACUCUGUGCAGGCGGGGGAGGAAGAGGAGGAGGAAGAGGAGGAGGAGGAAGAAGAGACAGAAGAGGAAGAGGAGGGGCUGGAGGAGGAUGAGCAGAGAGAGGAAGAGAAUCAUUUGCCUCUGGAAAUGCCUUUAUCAAUCCUAGUGGGGGCUGAAGAAGAGAGAGAGAAGUUUAUAAACUGUACUUAUUUAAGCCCCACACAGAUAAUCCCCAAAGUGCCACAGGAAGGUCUCCUCAUGCUACAGGACAUUAACUGUUAG